ACUGCCCCUAACAAAGAUGGCGGGGCAGGCCUCCGUGAGGGCAGGCUGAUUUAACACCCAAACCCGCGGCGUCUGGGGAAGGCAGUGGUAGCGGCGCGGCCCGACCAUGGAGGAGGGCAGCGGCGGCAGCGGUGGCAGCGACAGCAGCACCGGCGGGAGCGGUGGAGCGCAGCAAAGGGAGCUGGAGCGCAUGGCCGAGGUCCUGGUGACCGGGGAGCAGCUACGGCUCAGGCUGCAUGAAGAAAAGGUUAUCAAAGAUAGGCGACAUCAUCUCAAAACCUACCCAAACUGCUUUGUUGCAAAAGAACUGAUUGACUGGCUGAUUGAGCACAAAGAGGCUUCCGACAGAGAGACAGCAAUCAAACUGAUGCAGAAGUUAGCAGACCGGGGCAUCAUUCAUCACGUGUGUGAUGAACAUAAAGAGUUCAAGGACGUCAAACUCUUCUACCGCUUUCGGAAGGAUGACGGCACCUUCCCGCUGGACAACGAGGUGAAGGCCUUCAUGAGAGGACAGAGGCUGUAUGAGAAGCUGAUGAGCCCUGAAAACACACUCCUGCAGCCCAGAGAAGAGGAAGGGGUCAAGUACGAGCGCACCUUCAUGGCGUCUGAAUUCCUGGACUGGCUGGUUCAGGAAGGUGAGGCCACCACAAGGAAGGAGGCAGAGCAGCUGUGCCACCGGCUCAUGGAGCACAGCAUCAUACAGCACGUGUCCAACAAGCACCCAUUUGUGGACAGCAACCUUCUCUACCAGUUCAGAAUGAACUUCCGGCGAAGGCGCAGACUGAUGGAGCUGCUCAAUGAGAAGUCCCCCUCUUCCCAGGAGACCCACGACAGCCCCUUCUGCCUGAGGAAGCAGAGCCAUGACAAUCGGAAAUCUACCAGUUUUAUGUCCGUGAGCCCCAGCAAGGAGAUCAAGAUCGUGUCCGCCGUGCGGAGGAGCAGCAUGAGCAGCUGUGGCAGCAGUGGCUACUUCAGCAGCAGCCCCACCCUCAGCAGCAGCCCCCCUGUGCUCUGCAACCCCAAGUCCGUGUUGAAGAGGCCCGUAACGUCGGAAGAACUCCUGACUCCCGGGGCUCCAUAUGCAAGGAAGACGUUCACGAUUGUUGGUGACGCCGUUGGUUGGGGCUUUGUGGUCCGAGGAAGUAAGCCAUGCCACAUUCAGGCCGUGGAUCCCAGCGGCCCUGCAGCGGCAGCGGGAAUGAAGCAACAAACCUGCACAUCCCAUGGAAUUUUCCUUCUGAACCAGGAGAGGCCAGGUUGGGCAAAACGUCGGAAGUUCCUAAUUAAAUUAAGCAAGACAGUUUGGGCAUCGCCGCCGCGACUUGUGGGAUGAUGAUCAACACAGAUGAAAAAAAUGCAUCUGUUAACUGUAUUCAAUGUGGUUCUUUUCCAGUUGAGUUCAGCAAAGUCGUGUGUGGAA